GUGAUCGCUUGGACUUGGGUAGCCUAUGGACUUGGCUCAGCCCACGUCAGCCCAUCUAUUUAAAGUUAAAAGAUACUCGUCCCUUCAUGGCUCAUUAACUCGACCUGGAACCAAUAUUCGGAAAACAUUCUGAAAGAGAGAGAGACACACACAUACACACACAUACACGAUGCACAGUCGACUCACAUCCACAUUCUCCUUCCUGGCCGCCGUGAGCCUGCUCUCGCCAGCGCAGACUCUGCCAUGGGGAGUCGCCGCCUCGCCGCUGCUGCUGCAGAAGCGCGUCAGCCCGGUGCUGGCCGGCUUCAAUGCGGACCCCAACAUCAUCGUCUUUGGCGACACGUACUACAUCUACCCGACCAACGACGGCGAGAACUGGGAGGGCAAGAGCUUCUAUGUGUGGAAGUCCAAGGACCUGGUCAGCUGGACCAAGAGCGCCGAGCCGAUAUUGACGCUGGACGGGGUUGAUGUUCCUUGGUCAGACGGCAAAGCCUGGGCACCGGGGAUCAUCCAGCGCGGUGAGAAAUACUACUUCUACCACAGCGGCUCGAACCCCGCGACGGCCGACCUGUCCAUCGGCGUGGCCGUCGCCCCGUCCCCGGAAGGGCCCUUCACCGCGCACGCCGAGCCCAUCAUCACUAACCGCGACCCGGAGCCCGUCCGGGCCAGCGGCGCGGCCAUUGACCCCAUGGCCUUCCACGAUCCGGUCUCGGGUAGGUGGUUCCUGCUCUGGGGCAACGGGCGGGCGCCGGUGAUCGCCGAGCUCAACGAGGACAUGCUGGGGAUCAACUGGCCCACGGCGCGCGAGAUCUCCGGGCUGGAGGGGUACUUUGAGGCGCCGUUUGUCUUCUUCCGCGACGGGCUUUACCACAUGACCUGGUCGGUCGACGACACGCGCGAGCCGACGUACCACGUGGCCUACGCGACUAGCACGGAUCUACUCGGCGGGCAGUGGGCCAACCACGGGACCCUGCUGGAGCAGGAUCCCAGCCUGGGGAUCCGGGGCACGGGACACCAGAGCUUCGUCAAUGUCCCCGGCACGGAUGACUGGUACAUCGCGUAUCACCGGUUCGCGGUGCCCGGCGGGGAUGGCAUGCACAGGGAGACGACGAUUGACAGGGUGUUUUUCGACGAGGCGGGCGUCAUGAAGAAGAUUGUGCCGACGCUGGAGGGCGUGCCGGCUCAGGCUGUGCCGUGAAAUGGAUGGCGCGCUAGAGCGAGGGAAAAGAAAAAAAAGAAGAAAAAAAAAAACCUGGCUUGAUUAGAGGUUGUUAUGUGUACCAUUUGCCGGAGCACACUCAGGUUCCAUGCUUCUUUCAUUAAGGUACAAAAUGUACCUUGUUACACGGAGCGAUAUACUGCUU